AUGGCGUCAACACCAGUUAAUGGCAUUGCUACCGCCCCGAACAAGCUCCUCGAGCAGGUCAUUCGCACUCCAGAGCGCCGUCCAUCUCCUCUCCCCACACACUUGAGCAUACCUGGCUCCGGACAUGCUACGCCUCGAGUCCUCCCUCAGGAGGGUUCCGGCGGCUCCGGCUAUGUUGCUCCCAAGUUCGAGGGCAAGGAGAAGCAGAUGGAGGCGGUCAUGGACGCUGUCGAGGAGAAGGGCUUCAUCCCCCCAGACUUUGUAGAAUCCGAGACCACCUGGUUCUACAACGAGCUGGGCAUUGACGACAUGUACUUCAGCACCGAGACGUCCGAAGCCAUCGUGAACCACAUCCAUUCGCUGUACGCCGCCAAAGUUGCCGCCUACGCCCGCGACGACAAGCGCCUCGAGAUCAGGCUAGACAAGGAGGCUGUUGACCAUGCUGUCUACAUCGAUACUAGCAAGCCCGGUGUGACGGUCAUGGCUGGUCCUCGUUACGAGCACCGCAUCGACUCCAAGUACCUUGAUGGAUCCAAGGGAAGCACUGGAUACCGUGUGGAGAGCUUCAGGUCUGCCAGCUCCCUACCAGGUAGCCCAGAUCAGCAAUUGCGCUGCUACUUCGUGUACCAGUGCGAUUUCGCCAACCCCAAUCCCAAUCCCAAUGAGACGGACAUCGAGCAGAUUGGAGACAAGCGCUUCUUGCAAAAGGCUACUGAAAACACAAAGGCCGUUUACCAGGAAGCGCUGAAGAUUGCCAUUGAGCGCACAGGACCUGUCAUCGAGUACUACGACAUCGAGGGCUCGCGCGACAAGCGUCUCGUGAUUGCCUACAAGCAGGGCUCUGCUCUCGGUCUGUUCAGCGCUUUGAGCGAUCUGUACCACUACUACGGUUUGACAACCACCAGGAAGUAUGUCGAGCAGUUCUCCAACGGCUACACGACCAUGUCGCUCUACCUCCGACAAGUCAACCCGACCUCUGCCAAGCAUCCCCCGAUCGAAGCAUCGAUCCACCAGAUCAUCAAGGAAGUCUCCCUUCUUUACUGCAUCCCGCAGAACAAGUUCCAAGCUCACUUUGCUACCGGCAAGUUGAGCUUGCAGGAGACCAUCUACGCGCACUGCGUUUGGGUAUACAUUUCUCACUUCCUCAACCGACUUGGUAAUGAGUACAAUGCCUUGGCCGGCAUGUUGGACCCGGAGAACAGCGCUCAUGCUGAGCUCCUUUCCAAGCUCAAGAAGAGGCUGCGUACCGAGACCUUCACUGCUGAUUACAUUCUGGAAAUCAUCAACAACUAUCCCGAAUUGGUGCACACCCUCUACCUCUCUUUCGCCAACACCCACUAUGUGCACACCCGUGGCGAGCAGGAUGACUUCAUCCCCACUCUCAGUUUCCUCCGACUUCAGGUCGAUAAGGUCCUCACGGACGACGAGCUCAUCGACAAGAUCGGUAGGAGUGUUGUCAACGAGCAUCAUGAAAUCGUCAUGAACUCGUUCCGCAUCUUCAACAAUUCCGUUCUGAAGACCAACUUCUACACUCCCACCAAGGUGGCGCUCAGCUUCCGCCUGAACCCCAACUUCUUGCCUCUCUCGGAGUACCCCCAGCCUCUCUACGGAAUGUUCCUUGUUAUUAGCUCGGAAUUCCGUGGCUUCCAUCUCCGCUUCCGCGAUAUCGCUCGUGGAGGUAUCCGUAUCGUCAAGUCCAGAAGCCCAGAAGCGUACGCAAUCAAUGCCCGCUCUCUCUUCGACGAGAACUACAACCUCGCCAACACGCAGCAGCGCAAGAACAAGGAUAUUCCUGAAGGUGGCUCAAAGGGUGUUGUACUGUUGGACUUCCAUCACCAAGACAAGGCAACGACCGCCUUCGAGAAAUACAUCGACAGUAUCCUUGAUCUCCUCCUUCCCCCUAACAGCCCCGGAAUAAAGGACCCUAUUGUCGAUCUCCACGGCAAGCCCGAGAUCCUAUUCAUGGGCCCUGAUGAGAAUACUGCUGAGCUUGUCAACUGGGCCACCGAGCAUGCUCGUGCCCGUGGCGCUCCUUGGUGGAAGUCUUUCUUCACCGGCAAGAACCCUAAGCUCGGUGGCAUUCCCCACGACUCUUACGGCAUGACCACCCUCUCCGUCCGCGAGUAUGUGAAAGGAAUCUACAGGAAGUUGAACCUCGACCCAAGCCAGAUCAGGAAGCUCCAGACUGGAGGACCCGACGGUGAUCUUGGCUCGAAUGAGAUUCUCCUGAGCAACGAGAAGUACAUCUCUAUUGUGGAUGGUUCUGGUGUUCUUGUCGACCCUCAAGGUAUCAACCACGAGGAGCUCAUUCGACUCGCCAAGGGUCGUCUCAUGAUCAAUAACUUUGACGUGAGCAAGCUUUCGCCCGAGGGUUACCGCGUUUUGGUCGACGAGACGAACGUGAAGCUGCCUAGCGGCGAGACGAUCUACAAUGGCACAAGUUUCCGCAAUACUUUCCACCUUCGCAGCAAUAUUCAGUACGACACCUUCGUGCCUUGCGGAGGACGACCCGAGUCCAUCGAUCUGACCACGGCUAACAAGUUGAUCGUGGAUGGCAAGUCUAUUAUUCCCUAUAUCGUCGAGGGUGCCAACCUUUUCAUCACCCAGGAUGCUAAGCUGCGUCUUGAGAAGGCUGGGUGCAUUCUGUACAAGGAUGCGUCGGCGAACAAGGGAGGUGUUACUUCAUCGUCUCUCGAGGUUCUGGCUUCAUUGUCUUUCGAUGACGAUAGCUUUGUUCAGAACAUGUGCAUCCGCGAAGACGGAUCCGCUCCUGAUUUCUACAACGAGUACGUCAAGGAAGUCCAAGCUACCAUCCAGAACAAUGCCAGGCUCGAGUUCGAGGCCAUCUGGAGGGAGCACGAGGCCACAGGCGAGCGCAGGAGCAUUCUUAGCGAUACUCUCAGUACCGCCAUUACCAAAUUGGACGAGGAGUUGCAGAACACCGAGCUCUGGAACAACGUUGAGUUCAGGAAGUCUGUUCUCAGCGAGGCUCUGCCAAACACCUUGUUGAAGAAGAUUGGUCUUGAGCAGAUCAUUGAACGAGUUCCUGAGAACUACCUCCGUGCUAUCUUUGGCAGUUUCUUGGCUAGCCGAUUCAUCUAUGGCUAUGGCGUCAAUGCCAGCCAAUUUGCCUUCUUUGACUUUAUGAGUAAGCGAAUGGCCAAGACCGUUUCUUAAGUAGUUCUUUGUAAU